AAACGUGCCCACAUUUGGUGCUGUUCUGGGGGCUGUUGGCAACAAUUUAUGUCGCGAGGAUCGAAGUAACUGGUUCUCGGUUGCAGAUAGUUUCGGUUCAAGAAUUUGAACUGUUUCGACAUGAUAUACCGCGCUUCCUUCUGAUUUCUGUGUGGUGAUGGAACACGACGUGAUUUCUGGCGUACUUCAACGUGUGGUCAUUGCCGGCUGGACGCUCGGUCUCACCGCUGCCGAACUAGGUUGUACCGGUGGUCUGGAACUAUGCCAGCGUUACAGCCUGUCUUAAACGCCGAAUACUGGAUGCACCUUAGCAUAUCGUGGCUGGUGAAGUGACUGACAGCCAAUAUCAUGACCGUAGAACAGUCUCCUUUGGAUAAUCAUUGUAAGCAGCCUCCUCUGGCUGAGCACGAGCAACGGCGUGGGGAAGAGCUAGUCCUGGAGCAGCUGAGAGAAAUAACGGGUGUCAAGGAUGAGCGGAUAUUAGGACAGGCUCUGGAAGCAAGUCGCACCCGGUCGGGACGUUAUGAUCUGUCGCAUGCCAUCUCUAUGUUGGUGGACGAGGAGCCUGCCACCAGGGCACCAGAGGGCUCUGGUGGUGAUGCAGUGAAUGGUAGUUCACCACAGAAAAGGCCCGCAAAGGUAAUUGAUUUGACCACUGAAGGAGAUGACCUCCAGAAGGCAAUUGCUCUCUCUCUUCAAGAGCAGCAGCAACAGCAGCAGCAGGUUGUGGGAGUGUCCGUUGAGGAACAGGACAUCAGUCGGGCCCUGGAACAGAGCUUGGGCACUAAGCGGAAACGGGGUGAGGCGUGGCAGGACCCUUUAGACCCCCACGAAAGGCGCCGUCAGGGGGACUGGCCCGUGGGGCUGAAAAAUAUCGGGAACACUUGUUGGUUUUCUGCAGUGAUUCAGUCCCUGUUCCACCUGCGAGCUUUCCGUCGCCUUCUGCUGGCAUUUGAACCAGGGGAAGGGGAAAGGCAUGAGCUCAUGAUGGAGCUUCGUAGGCUGUUUGGGUUGCUGGGAGCUACGGAACGCAAGUACGUGGACCCAUCUGGUGCCUUGGCUGUCCUGCGGGAAGCCCUUCUACCCGGUGCGUCUCCAGACGGCCAGCAGGAUGUCUCAGAAUUCACGCAUAAGCUUCUCGACUGGCUGGAAGACGCUUUUCAAACAGCUCAUCGUGAGAGUGAGCAGCAGGACAAUCCAAUGCUUAACCUUUUCUAUGGACGUUACCGAAGCGAGGGCGAGAAUGAAGGUCGCACUUUCAGCAAUGAGGCAAAAUUUGGCCAGUACCCCCUGCAGGUUAAUGGCUUCAGCGACAUCCACGAGAGUCUCGAGGCAGCUGUCACCCAGGAGUUUGAGUGUGCUGGUAAUUCCAGGGGCGGCAAGUCAGGACAGCAGAGUUGGUUCACCCGUCUUCCCCCCGUGCUGGUAUUUGAGCUGUCGAGGUUCCAGUUCAACCAGGCACUGGGAAAGCCUGAAAAAAUUCACCACCGCCUGGACUUUCCUGAGCUCCUUUAUAUGGAUCGUUAUAUGGAAUACAAUAAGAACAUCACACGUAGCAAGCGGGAGGAAGUGCGUCGUCUGCAACAGGAACGGGAUCGUUUGCGGAAGCGGCUAGAAAAGUACAUCAAUUAUGGCUCAGGACCUAAACACGUACCCCUACAAGACGUGCUCCAGUACACCCUCGAGUUCGUCGAGAGCCGAGCAGGUCAAGAUGUAGAAAUGGGCUCAUCUGUGCUGCCGCGAGAGCCGCCCGAAAAUGCAGCUGAGCCUCGCAGUGCCUCAGGAGACAUGUUGCAGCCUACUCCGCGGCAUGUGACAGAUGCCGAGCUUCGUGUGCUCCAGAGCUGUCUCAGGAGGUGGCACCAUGAGGUGGAGAAUGACGUUAAAGAAUUACAAGAGGGUGUGCGGCGACUGGAUGUGACCAUUAGGGAGAUCUACAAUGAUGCCUCCUUGCGCAAGGUUGCAUACCGGCUUCAUGCUGUCCUGGUACACGAAGGACAGGCCGCAUCGGGACACUACUGGGCAUUCGUGUGGUGUCCCAAACGAUCUGCUUGGCUAAAAUUCAACGAUGUCACGGUGUCUGAAACCUCCUGGAGCGACCUGCUCAAAGAUUCCGUCGGAGGACGUCACUGUGCAUCGGCGUAUUGCCUCUUCUACGUGGAUCGCAGCAACAAGGAACUGUUUGAUGAGGUGAAAGAUGCGGAGUUGGAGCUCCCCGACGACCUUGCACGAUACGUGGAGGAGGACAAUGCACUGUUCCGCAGCGAAAUGGAGCAGUGGGAUAGAGAACAAAGGCGUGAGCAGGAACGGUCGCAGGAACAAGAGCACAGCCGAAGUACCAGAUCUCAUCAUACCAGCAUCGAUACAGAAGCUGGGGAGCUCUCCGGGCUAGAGCUGGAGCAUGCCCAUCUUGUGCUUGGAACUACCCAGAACCGACUGCAACAACUUGGUGGGGAGCCCAAGGCACUUGCUAAGGUUUUGGAACAGGAGGAAGCCCGUUUACAAAGGCUAGCUCGCAUGCACAACACCCAACCUUUGUUGCAGGACGUACGUCUGCAACAUCCCGGUGUCUACCUACUCCUGAACGGGGCGAGUAGCGGCCACCUCAAAAGGUUGCUACUGGAGCAGUUCGCCCAUCCGGCGCUAGAGGACGACGGCCCCCAAGGUCACCACCUGCGGCAAGAGGCGCUCCAGUGCCUCGCCCACCUCAAGCGUCUCCACCCUCAGGAUGACCACUACUACCACUGCUGGCACCAGGCUUAUUCACGGUUCCGUAAAGUUGCUGCGACAUUUGUGGCGGGAGUGGAAGAGCUGUGGGCGGGGCACGCUGCUGUGGCCCUCCCUUUGUUGGUGGACGCUUGGAACCUUAACUUGGAACUGCAGAAGAGCUCUGGGUCUCCCACUGAAAAGCGUCACCUCGCCGUGGACUCGAGGCUACUGACCCACUUCCGCAGGCAGUGCCUCCUGGAGGUGAACCGUCGUUGUGUGCAGCAAUUUGAGUCUGGAAACAGUGACUCACCUGAUCCCCUGCAGCUGAUGAGUCAGCUGGUGAUCCCUUGCAUGGCUCCCAUGAGCGACCCCAAUGCAGACUCUAGUGAUGUUGCAGCUGUAGAGGAAGUACGGAAUUCUUGGUGUUCAAUGCUGGCCCUCAAUAUGCCUGCCGACAAGCAAAAGCAGUUGCAGGACUUCCUUAGUGCACUGUUGGAGCCCAAUACGGCGGACACCCCCGCACGCCCCCUGGCGCCCGUCGUGCGUAAUGCGGACCUCAGUGGAGCCUUUGAGAAAGUGAUGCAACGGGUGGUAGCCAGCGGGCAGUGGAUGGACAAGGGAACGCCGCUCUAGACGCUCGUACGUGAGCUCUUAUAUAACAGUCUUGUGCAAGAAAACGUGCCUUCAGAUGAAUGGCUCCAAUGUGGUGAUGCCAAAGGAAUCCAGGUUUUACUUUUUUUCUUAGUUUUUACUUUUUUACUUCUAAAGGACACCAUGCAAAUUCUGCUGUACAAAUGUAAAUAAAGAUUAUCUGCUGUUGGA